AUAAGUUGGUGCACCUGACUGUUCAAAAAUCGGUGAACGGUGUAAAUUUGAUUAACCGUUACAGGUGUCUCAUGUUUUCUUGAAUCUUUGAAAGAAUUGAAUGCAAAGAUCGAUUUAUUUUUGUAUUAAGAUUGUUAUACUCUGCAAAAAAACAAGGUUAAAAUGAGCACUCGACGAAGACGUGCUGAUGAUUUCACAGAUUCCUUAACCAGUUUUCGUCAAACAACAUUUGAGGAAAGACAGAAUUCGAUUGCAUCUCAAAAAGAUUUAGACGAUAACUCAGAUGUUAAUUCUAUAAGAAAUAAGCAAUAUGAAAGUGAUAAGCAUAGUCAUCUAAAUGAAUCUUGUGUGGGUUCCAUUAUCAUAGCAGGUAAUUUAGACAAUCAACAAUGUAUUUCAUCUGAUCUAUGCAAGGUUGUCAAGGAUAAUCAUAAUAUCAUAUGUGACAAUCAACAUUUAUUAAAAGAUACAUUGAGUGUGUCGGAUGAAACAUCAUAUUUAUCAUUGAAACCUGAUUUAAAUAAAUGUAUUAAUCUAUUUCAAGAUGAGCAGCUAAGCAAAGACCAUCAUACUUCUGAAGAAUAUUCAAAUAAAAUUGAUUCCAUGUUCUCUGAAAUUAAAGUUAGCAGAGAUAUUGAGUCUCAACACUUAAAUAAAAAAACCGUAGAAAUACAAUGUAAUUUAAUUAGAGAUCGUGUUUAUGCUAUGUCAUUAAAUUCACUGGAAGAUACAAUCAUAGCAACAAAAGAUCAAGACGUAAUUAACAACAGACUUCAAAGGUCUAAAAGCUGCAGUAUACUUAAUAGUAAUUUGAAGAGAGAUAAAAAUCAUAAUAUUAAAACUAAUUACUUUUAUAUAAAACCUAUAAAUACUAUUACAAGGAAAAAUAGUCAUGAAAAAAUUGAUACAGUUACUCUAUUUGAUGCAUUAUCAUUGUCACAGACUUCUACUUUAUCAAAUAAGAAUUUCCAUCUUCUUGAAAAAGAUCAGAAUUGCAAUUCAACAAGCAGCGAGACUAGUUCAAAAGAGCAAUUUAAUAAUUCUUUUGAAUUAAAAACAUUUUUACAAUCAUUGGAACAAAAGCCAUUGGAAGAGGCACCUGUGCAAGAACCUUUGCUGAGACGUAUGUCUGCAAAUUUUUAUAAUUCACCUCAAACUUUUACAGAAAGAUUACUAACGAUUAUUGAAGAAUCAAUUAUAAAUGAUGAUUCUUGUGCACAAGAAUAUCCAAAUGUUAGCUUAUGUAGAUUAACUGAAGAACUUCGAAAAAUGUGCAAAUUUAUAGAGGAUGAGACUAUUCCAAAUUGGCCUCAAUCUCCUCAAAGAAUGUCAAUUUGUAUGAGACAAAGAAGUCAAGGACUUAAAUCUCCUUUCCAAAAAUCUCUUGAUACUUUUAUAUCUCGAGAUAAAGGCUUAACCACGCCAACUCGACGUAAUAUUAAAAGUCCGAAGAAAACUUGUCAGUAUAUGCCCAAAAAUAUUUCAUAUAACGCAAAAGGUCCAUUGCAUGAUAGCACAAGUACAUUUGAAUCUUUAGAGGCAUUUUGUGAAAAAUUUUAUGCUGACGAAUGCAAAACUGUCCCAAUAAAGGAAAAAAAUCCAUCACAGCCUCCCUUACAAAAUCUAGAUAGCAUUUUACAUGAAUGUGAAAAUCAAAUGGCUUCUUUGGAAAGCUCAUUCGACAUACGUGAACAACUCAAGAAAGCUGCAAUGUUUACUUUGGAUUUAACAAGCCAAUAUAAAGUACCUGAAGCACAAAAUCUUCAAUCUAGAUUGUUUACACACGAAAAACACAAUAAAGAUUCAAAGAAUGUACCUGAUACAUUUAAGCAAUUAACUCGACAUAAUAAAUCUUAUGAAAUGAUUGAACCAGAUGAUUUAGAAAAUACGCUCAUGUAUGAAAUCGCAAAAAAGAGACAAAGAUGUCUCGAUACGGCAAAGGUAAUGAUGGAAAUCGAUACGAAUUCGGAGUCGGCGAAACAAAUAUGUCCAGAGAUCGUCAUCAAUGAAUCCUCAUCGACUAGCGACAUUAAAUUCAUAGAAACAUUAAUGUCUGUUAAGAGAUAUCAAGAGUAUUUGGAAAAACAUAAAUCUGUACUGAAUUUAUUUCGAACUGGAUCGAGCAAUUCUCAUAUUCCUGACAAAAAAGAUGUUCAAACAAAGGAGAUGCCCGGAGAAGAUUUCGGUUUUCGUCAUUUAGGAGGUAAAAUCGAGAAUACGAUAUUAGGAGUACCGAAAUUUUCACCAAUGAAAUGUUCUACUAGUAAAAUGGUUUCAAAGCCAAAAUUGUUUGUAACUCCUGGAAAAAAACCUAUUAAGAGAGAACCAAAGCGCAUAUACUUUACUUCACCUAAUCUAGUAAUGGGAAUGAAUAAAAAAAAGAAUGUUAGUCCACAUCCAAAAAGCAUUUAUCAACAAAUAGAAAAUUACGAUCAUGUAGUAUCACCAAUUGGAAUGUAUAUAAAAGGUACGGAUCCUCAGCUGAUAAAAAAUUUACGACCUAAAACACCUAAAAAAAAACAAAUGCGAUCUCCUAGCCCAAAACCGAAAGUGAAAUUUCGACAAUCUCCAAAACAGCCAAAAGAGACAAUGACAAGAACAGUAGUAGGAGAUGAAAAUACACCUGAUAAUUUUUUACAUCCAAAAGUGUGUUAUAAACUCCCAUCACAUGUACGCACGAUAAAAGAAACAAAAAAUCAAAAAGUUGGAAACCGCAUAAACGAAUUGUUGCGUUCGACAAAAGAUAAAGUUGUGAUUCGACACGAAGGUCGAAUAAAAUCAGUUCAAACAGAUUAUUUAAAGCAACCUGAAAUUCAUUACGAUUCCGCAGAAGAAUCCGUGCAUAUCGAGCAAACAGCUCGUAAAACAUGCUUUUCUCGUAUACAAAAAAAUUAAUAGCUAAUAUUCUAAUAUUUACUCUAAAUCUAUUUUUUGUUGAUUGAAGAUCGAUGAUACAUUAUAAAGAAUGAAAUAUAAUACAUGUU